AUGGCUGGAUUCCUAUCCGCGCUUCGGCAGCGCCUCGGGGAUUGCAGCUGCUUCCAGUUCGCCGGCUCCGAGCGACCAUCUCCGGGGCCCGCUGCGGCUGCAGCUCCAGCGAAGCCUCGGCUGCCGCUGCCCCUGAGUGUGGGCUUCGCCGUGGUCACGCUGAAGGAGACCGAAGAGGUGCCCACCCUGGAACUUCGCAUCACGGCCGAGGACCAGGAGGUCACCGACGACGGCCUGACGGCCAUGCUGGAUUACAUGGACUUCGUUCUGGACCUUCCUCAGGCUUCCUCGGGGGAAGGCUUCCAGAUCUCCUUCGAGCAGAUGGCUUUCUUAGGCUCAUCGCAGUCGGAUAUCCUCAAGCAGGUGAUCUGCUGGAGCUGCGAGCCCGGCCGUUCCUCGAAGUUCGCCGAGCGCUGCAAGCGCUGGAAGAUCAUUUGUCCGGCCACCGACUGGACACAGGUGAACCGCUACCUGCUCCAGGUGGGCUUUGCCUUCUACCCGCCGCCUUGUCCGACCUACCUCCUCACAGACGAGCACCCCAGCAUCGAGGAGGGCAACCCGGAGAUGAAAAUCUUCGAGCCCAACGAGGAGAUCCAGAAGUUCGCGAAGCUGGAGGAGGAAAUGCAGCAGGAGGUGGCCACUCACAAAGACACGGAAGGCCACGUGCAUCUGCCGGCGGCAGAGAAUGGCAGCCGAGUCUCCAAGUACAAGGACGGCCAAAUCCCGGCCAAGCUGGAUGUGGGCUUUGCCAUCGUCAGCCAGGGCUUCGACGGGAAGGAGGGCUACCUCCGCAUCCAGGGCUGUGAAGGAGACCUGGACAUGGAGGGCUUGCACGAGAUGAUGGACUUCAUGGAUGCCUUCACGCUCUCGCCGAGUGCCGAGCGAGGCUUCUCUAUCAUGUACGACAUGCGCACGCUGCGCGCCCCAUCCAUGCAGAUGGUCACGACGGUGGCGGAAUGGGGCGCGCACCCUGUGCGGCAGAAACGAUGGGAGCAGCUGAACACUUCGUGCAAAGUCAUCAUCACCGCGGGGCUCCGGUUCACCCUCGCCAAAGGGAUCCUCUCCACGUUCUUCCUCUUGUGCCCGCCCGUCACAAGGACGUACUUGAUGUACGAGCCGGAUCAGCCACUGGAGAGCGCAGUCCUCUUCGAGCCCUAA